CACAAGGUGUGCGUGUGGACCCUCUUUCCCAUCCUAGAAUUUAACGUAAUAUCUAUUUAGCAUCAUUUUAUUGGCCGUAAUAAGAUUCCUGUGAUUAUGAUUUAAUUGCAUUUGGAUUUGUCCUCCUUUUGCACCAUCUGCGCCACCCUUUUCCCCGCGUCCUGCGGGGAUGUCUCGUCAUCUGAUCCAAUCUCGGUUUUGCCUGAUUUGAUCUCUGUGAGGAGGCUGAUGGACGAUGCGCGGUCCGUUUGGGCCAAGUGGAAACGAGCGCGCCUCCAAGUCCUGAAUGCAGCAGCGGCGGAGAGAGACACCGACCAGGGUGUCACCGUUAUUCCCGGAUGCUGCGCCGCAGGAUCGGAUACACUGACCCGUCGUCGGGUAAAGACAUCUUGGGCAAUCGCUCCCUUUGUUUCAUAUUUAUUUGCGCCUUUGGACUGGUGACUCUGUUACAGCAGAUUCUCUAUGGAAAAAACUACAUUAAGAGUGCGCAACAGUUUAGCCGACUCAAAGGGGACGAGACAGGAAAUUGGAGCGGUCCCGUUAAUUUCUCGGAUGACGGAUCUCUGAAGCCUGCCAGAAAUGGAAGGAAAAGAUGUUUCCGUCAGCAUUUUCAGCCAGAUUCACAGAUCGCCGUAAUAGUCACACCCUGCCUAGCCGAUAUUAAGAAGAAAAACAAACGCUCUCACAGGUAUUUGGGAAACUACGACAGGCACUUUGAGUACAACUCGACAACAUGCAAAGAGCUCAGACAGGAGAUUAUGGACGUCAAAGUCCUGACAAUGGUGAAAACUUCGGAUUUGUUUGAGAGAUGGCGUAACCUGCAGGUGUGUAAGUGGGAGCCGAGCAAGGAGGAAACCAGCAACUUCAAAAUGUCGCUGUCUCGUUGCUGCAACGCUCCUUCCUUCCUGUUCACCACCAAAAGGAACACCCCCGCCGGGAGCAAGCUGAGGUACGAGGUGGACACCAGCGGGAUUCUUCCCAUCACCACCGAAGUCUUCAAGAUGUUCCCAGAUGAUAUGCCGUACUCCAAAUCCCAGUACAAGAAAUGCGCCGUGAUCGGAAAUGGCGGCAUUAUUAAGAACAGUAACUGUGGAAAGGACAUUGACUCGGCAGACUUUGUGUUCAGAUGCAACAUACCGCCCAUCAGCGAGAAAUACUCUGCUGACGUCGGCACAAAAACAGAUCUGGUAACGGUGAAUCCCAGCAUCAUCACCGAGAGAUUCCAAAAGCUGGAGAAAUGGCGGCGGCCCUUUUACAACGUCCUGCUCAACUACGAGAACUCCUCUGUGGUCCUGCCGGCGUUCUACAACACGCGCAACACGGACGUGUCCUUCCGGGUCAAGUACAUGCUGGACGACUUUGACUCGCAACGCGGCGUCUUCUUCUUCCACCCGCAGUACCUGCUCAACGUGCAGCGUUUCUGGGCCGUGCAGGGCGUGCGGGCCAAGCGCCUGAGCAGCGGGCUGAUGUUGGUCACCGCCGCCCUGGAGAUGUGCGAGGAGGUGCACCUCUACGGUUUCUGGGCCUUCCCCAUGAACCCGUCGGGCAUCUUCAUCACGCACCACUACUACGACAACGUCAAGCCGCGACCGGGCUUUCACGCCAUGCCGCACGAGAUCUUCAACUUCAUCCACAUGCACGCCCGCGGUAUCGUGCACGUGCACACCGGGCCGUGCACGUGAACGCGAGACAAUUUGAAGCUUGUUUUUCCACUGUGGUUUUCUUCUUAGUGUUGUUCUUGUGAUGUUUUCUAGUGGCUCUGCUGUAAAGGUUGGUUCUUUUCUACUCGUUGCUGUACCCGUUCAAACGCGGCGGGCCUUUCUUCCAUGUUGUGUAUAAAAUGAAAAAGCCCAAAUGUUAUCUGGGGUUUGAAAAAAAACAAUUCCAAACGCAGCAUCCAGUUGUCUACUUUUGUAAUCAAUUUGAUUGUUCCCCCCCACGUUGACGGGGGCGAACGUUUGAAAUUGGCCUUUUCCAGUGGCCUUUUGGGGAAAUGUGCAACAAGAGGCAACAAUGGGAUUUUAUUUUAUUUAAUUUGACUGACAGUAAUCUUUUGCUAUUCUGCCGAGAAUACUGAAAAAGAAAACGAUUAAUCAAUAGUAUUUUUUAAUUAUUUUUUUUCCACAAUUUUGAAUCAAUUUGUUUUGUUUUCCAAAGAAUGCAGAGUUUCCACCGCAAUAGUAUUUUAAACUCAUCUGACAAUUUUAAAAUGACAAAGAAAUUGAAUAGGUUCUGCUGAGAUUAAUGUACUACUUUUUUUCUGUCGAGAGAUUUAGUGCCAUCUGGUGGCAUGGUGGGGCAUUUCAGAUUGAGCUAAUCGUUCCACUGGAAUUUAAGAAACAUGAGUAGCGGGGAUUACUGUAUUUCUCUCAAGUUUUAUGCCAUGCUGCCUUAUGACAUUCCAUCCUCGCCAUCCAAUAUGCAAUGGACAUCUGUAUUCCUUAAGUUUUGCCCCUCAAAGCAAUCAAAAGGACACAUCGGCCUCGUUUAAGACUCUUCGCUGUGUUAUACUUCAUACUCGUCGUCGUGCAUGAUAAAGCUUUUGUGCGUGGCUGCUUCAGUGCUCACUGAAUUAAGUUUACACUCAACUCACAGAAACCUUUUCCGUCCAAGAGAUUGUUCAACUAGUGGAUGCAGGAAUUGUAGUUCUUUCGGUUCGGACCGCUAUAGUGUGUUGACAUAAUGUUAUUGUUUUAACGGCUGUUAGAAAUGAGACCAGGAGUGAAGAUACUGGGACCAUUCUAAUAAUCAGUAAAGGGGAACGAAACCGUGCUUGGCUCUG